AUGAAAUCGUUCGCAUGGCAAUACUAUGCAGACUUAUACAAAGCUGACCCUGUGGCGCCUGAACACAUUGAAGCCUACUUAAACUCAAUAACCUUUGAGAAAGUUUUGACCGCCGAUGAACAGCAAUCCUUGACAGAUAAUAUUACAAUGGAUGAGCUACUGCAACAAGCGAAUCGCUCAAUGAAGGCAACCGCUCCUGGUAGUGAUGGCCUGGCAUAUCCUUUUCUGUCGCUUUUAUUCAGUAUGGCCCGUUUGGAAAAACUUGUAUUGCAGGUAUACAAUGAUGCUCUCAAUGGUAUCUUUCCUUCCUCCUGGCAUGAUCUGCGUAUUCGUCUUUUACCAAAGAAAGGAUUGCUUGCACUCCUUAAAAAUUGGCGCCCAAUCUGUCUUUUAGGAUGUGAUGGCAAAGUCUUUACCAGACUUCUUGCCCACCGCAUGGCUCCUAUCCUUGGUCGUAUUAUCAAUCCGUUUCAAUCUGGGUUCCUUCAACAACGCUUCAUCUGUGACAAUGGCAUGGCUUUAUCGAUGGUCCUGGAAGAGGCUCGCGCCUUCAACCACACUGGUGCUGGUAUCCUGUUGGACCAAGAGAAAGCCUACGAUCGAGUGAAUGCUGACUAUCUGUGUGCUGUUCUUCUCCGGCUUGGGUUCCCAGCCAGUUUCGUGUCCUGCGUCAGACUCUUGUUCUUUGGCAAUGAUAUGUACAUCAACAUCAAUGGGUACUUCAAUCCCGCUGUCAAACAGGAACGGGGUAUCCGUCAGGGUGAUCCCCUGUCACCGCUGCUCUUUGAUGUGGCCCUUGAACCAUUCCUUUUUUCCAUAUUGCAGGAUCCCUACUUCCAUGGCUUCCGUGUGAGUAAUGGUACAUCUGCCGAGGUGGCUCCUCGUGUGUCGCCGGCGAUCAAAUGCCUUGCGUACGCGGAUGAUGUCUGUGUCCUCCUUCGCGAUGAAUUAGAUCUGUAUCGUCUCCAGCAACAUAUGGCCAACUAUGCCGCCGUGUCCAAUGCCAAGUUCAACGAAGACAAAUCGGAGGCCUUUUCGCUGUCUGGUCGUCGGUCGCUGGCAUGGGUGAGGGCCUUCGAAGAAAUCAACGUUCACACCUACCACCACCAAGGCUCCACUGCGGCUUUUCGGUACUUGGGUCUGUAUUUUGCAUACAACCAAGCGCAACGGGCCCAAACGGAAGAAAUGCUGCUCAACUCUGUUCAAACUCAAUGUGCCAUCUACACUCAACGCCAAUUGUCUAUCAUGGGUCGCGUUACCAUUGUCAACAGUCUGAUUCUAUCCAAAAUAUGGUACAGCCUUCGAAUGCUCAGGCCGACCAAAAGGUUCUUAGAGAAGGUCAAAUCGUGUGUCUACCAGUUUGUCUGGAAAAAGAAGCGGCCGUUAAUACGCAAGGAUCUCAUCUUCCUGCCUAAAUCUAGGGGUGGUCUUGCCGUUCUCGACCCUUCUCUCCAACAGCUUAUACUCCAAAAACGCUGGCUCAAUUAUCUCGUCGAACCGCAGAAGUAUCCGUCUUUCCUGCUACCUUUCUUGGUUUCACAUCUGUCACUGCUCCCAGGGUCCUCAGACUUCCCCUACAUGGCUUUCCUCGAUGCUGAAUGCCGCAAGUCCUCUCUGCUACAUAAGGAUCUUUCCAUUUGGCAUUCCAUCUUCGCAUCGUAA